AUGGGUGUCCUGCUACAAGAGACCACUUGCAUCUUCCUACCUUCGUAUGCAAAGGCAAAGCCAGGCAGCAGCUGGGAAAAUGUGCCUACCAGGCCCCCAAGCCUAAAAAUCGUCUUCCACCAUGAGACACUGCUCUGUCUUUUGCGUCUCCACUCGGUCCGUUCCUUCCUCCGCCGGCGCCGCUGGGGCCGUUUCGAUGCGGAUGCGGAGCAGCAGCGCGGGGAGGAAGAAGAGCAGCGCAGGGCGGAGGAAGCAGAGCUGGCAGCCACCAUGAGCCCGGGAUGCCGCUGCCUCGUCAGCCUCCCCGGGCAGCCCCAGCACCGGGGCACCAUCGCCUACGUGGGCUUGACCGACUUCAAACCCGGACAUUGGGUGGGGGUCCGCUACGAUGAGCCCGUGGGGAAACAUGAUGGCAGGUAUGGGGCACUGCGUGUCACCUGGGGUCCCCAAACGGCCCACAGGUGGCACCUGGGGUCCUCAAGGGUCCCCCGGGGUCCCCAAAUGGCUCCCUGUGUCCUCAAAGGGUCCUACUGGUCCCCAAUGAUGGCAGAGGUGUCCCCUAGGGUCCCCAAAUGAACCCCAGGUGUCCCCUGAGGUCCUCAAGGGUCCCCCAGUGUCCCCAAAUGGCUCCCUGUGUGGCCACAGAUGUCCUCAAAUGUCCAUAGGUGUCCCGGAGUGCCCAUAGGGGUCCCCAGGUUCCCACAGGUGUCCCCGAGUGGCCACAGGUGUCCCCAAAUGCCCACAGGUGUCCCCAAAUGGCCACAGAUGUCCCCAAAUGCCCAUAGAUGUCCCCAGGUGUCCCCAAAUGCCCACAGAUGUCCCCAAAUGCCCAUAGGUGUCCCCGAGUGCCC